AGAUAUUGAAGGAAAGGAAUUGAAAGUAACAGCAGAGUCUGUUCAUGACAUAUUGGGCAUACCAAUUGGUGGAAACAAACUUACACAAUUGGAUCAAUAGCCUAAGGAUGAUACAAGUUAUGAUGAAUGGAAGCAACAAUUUAAAAAAGAUUCAAUUAUCCGACUGAGUGCAAUCAAAAAUAUUAUUGUUUCUACCAAACAAGCUGAUUUCAAUUUCAAAUUGAACUUCUUAGUUCUUUUUGUCAACACUUUUUGUGAUUCAACAUCAAUGGGAAGAUGCAACCUGUUUCCCUUGAGUUAUAUUUCAAGAAAAACAGAUAUCAGCAACAUAGACUGGUGCAACUAUGUUUUGGACUGUCUUGUCAGAACAAAAAACUCAUACAUACCAUACUCAGAUAACAGCUUCUUUGUUGGACCUUCAACUUUCUUGGUGUUGUUCUAUCUUGAUAACAUCCACUCAGAAGCUUUAACAGUAACACGUAAACGUCCAACAAUUUGUUAUUGGAGUUCAGAGAAGAUUAGAUAUCGAGAGACAUUUGAACAAGAAAAAGGUAGAUUUGGAGUUGGAGAAUUAAACGAAGAAUUUGUUAAUGAACAAAAUGAAGGAGAUACAGAUCUCGAAGACAGUGAUUCUGAUAAAGAUGAAGAUCAUUAUGUUGAGGGAAAUGGUGAAGACGAUAGUGAUAAUGGUGCAAGUCAAUCAGAAGUAGAUUAUUUGCUUGAUUCAAAUGAAGCAGAUAAUGAAGGAAUAAAGAAUGAUGCAGAUAAGAAUCAAAAAGAAGGUGAAAUUAGAGUAAAAGAGAAAGAUGGAAAGAGGAAUGAAAAUCAGAAUGAUGAAGAGGAAAAAGAUGAUCAUGAUGAGGAAACAAAUAAUCAUGAAGAGACUAUUCAACAAACUAAAAAUGAAAAUUUGUUGGAUAAAGUUGUUGACAACAUUGUGGACAAUGUCCUUGGAAUUGGAGUUUCAAGUUUAACUAGUCAAGAAGAUGAAAUCUGGAGUCACCCUGAAAUGAAAACUAUUUUCGAUAAUAUUGAUAUAGGAUCACCAAUGAGUACAUGUAAAACUAAUACUCUUGCGGAAAAGGAAAAAUCAGAAGGUGUACAUGAACAAGGAACAAAAGUUGAAAAAACAAAGGGAGAUGAUACAGGCAAGGAAAACUCUGAAGAUAGAAAUGAAGGAGGAACAGAAGCUAAGAACAAGAAAGAUGGAGGACCAUCAAAGCAUGAUCUGGAUCAACCAAGAGAGAAGAAGCUUGCUGAUGCUUUCAAAUCACCUUUCAAAUGCAGAAUAACAGGCACAAAACCCAAACUGACACAUCAGCAGAGUAUUGUCUGUGAAUGGUUGUUCAACUUACAAGGCAAUACAUCAGAUGUGGUUGUCCAAACAAAAUAUGGUCAGAUAGUAGAAAGAGCAGUUAUGGAAAGUCUAUAUGCAAACACAGAGAUUUUUGGAGAAGUUUUAGACACUUGGUCUGAUUUACUUAACGCCCAAGAACUGGAAAGGGAUUUUGGAAAUUCACCAUACAGACUCUUCUUGAAAGUUGGAGUUUCUACUGCUUAUCUAACUUCAACAUUGUCUGAUAAAAGAAAGUAUGAAAAAUUCAAGGAGAGCUUUCAUGACAGUACCAAUGGGUACAAAAAAAUCUUGAACAUAAAAGAUAUUGACAUAGUAUUCUUUCCAGUUGUUAGAAGUGCUCACAUUUUUGUGAUUGUCUUCAACUUAAAGAAACCAUCAAUUGAAAUUCUAGACAAUAGUGCAGUUGAAGGGGAUUAUGAAGGGAAAUACGGAGUAAUAUUGAAACCUUUGAAAAAUUUGUUUGUGAGAUACUUUAAAGAAAUAAACCAUCCAAGAGCAAAUGAAAUUUCAAAAGAAAGUAUCAAACCCCAACGACUUGAAAUGUCAUGGAGAACAGUUAAAAACAAAGUUGAUUGUGGGGUCUUUGCAAUGAGACAUAUGGAGACAUAUAUGGGACAACCACUCUCAAAGUGGAAACCAGGUCUUCAUAAAGAAAGUGCAGUUCAGCAAACUACUUUAGAGAAGCUCAGGCAAAGAUAG